UUUAUCAGUUUUAUGAGCUCAGCUAGCGCGGGUCUCAUGGUUAAUAAAAAUUAAUAAUAUCUUUUAACUUUCAUAAUAGUGAAUUUAUUUUUAAUACUUCUCUCGAUACAAAAAGUUACUUGAAGUUUAUUAGCCCUUAUUUAAUAUGUCGAAGGCGCAUUUCAAAGUUGCUGAUAUAAAAUUAGCUGAUUGGGGUAGGAAAGAAAUCAUCUUAGCAGAAAAUGAGAUGCCAGGAUUGAUGAGUUUACGUAGAAGAUACAAAGACAAUAAAAUCCUGAAAGGAGCCAGAAUUGCUGGAUGUCUUCAUAUGACUGUACAAACUGCAGUGUUGAUUGAAACUCUUACAGAAUUAGGAGCAGAGGUCCAAUGGUCAAGCUGCAACAUAUUCAGCACCCAAGACCACGCCGCCGCCGCCAUAGCCCAAACGGGCGUGCCGGUCUACGCGUGGAAGGGCGAGACGGACGAAGAGUACCUCUGGUGCAUCGAGCAGACGAUCGUCUUCCGCGACGGCCAGCCCUUCAAUCUCAUCCUCGACGACGGCGGAGAUCUCACCAACCUGGUGCACCAGAAGUACCCGCAGUAUCUGGAGAAGUGUCGCGGCAUCAGCGAGGAGACCACCACGGGGGUGCACAAUCUGUAUAAGAUGUUCAAGGAGGGCAGUCUCAAGGUUCCUGCGAUUAAUGUUAACGAUUCUGUUACUAAGAGUAAAUUUGAUAACCUCUAUGGUUGUCGUGAAUCUCUCAUCGAUGGAAUAAAACGUGCUACCGAUGUCAUGCUUGCUGGCAAAGUAUGUGUUGUAGCAGGUUAUGGUGAUGUAGGAAAAGGCUGUGCCCAAUCAUUGAGAGCAUUCGGAGGAAGAGUAAUCAUCACAGAAAUUGAUCCCAUCAACGCUUUACAGGCUGCAAUGGAAGGUUAUGAAGUAACGACCAUGGAUGAAGCGUCUAAAGAAGGUCAAAUUUUCGUCACAACAACCGGCUGCAAAGACAUAAUCCUCAGUCGCCACUUCUUGAAUAUGAGAAACGACUCUAUCGUCUGCAAUAUCGGUCAUUUCGAUUGCGAAAUAGACGUAGCUUGGCUGGAGAAAAACGCCAAACAAAAGACCAACAUCAAACCCCAAGUCGACAGGUAUCUUCUGUCGACCGGAAGUCACAUCAUUAUCCUGGCGGAGGGGCGUUUGGUAAACCUAGGGUGUGCCACCGGCCACCCUUCCUUUGUGAUGUCGAAUUCCUUCACCAAUCAAGUUUUGGCUCAGAUCGAGCUCUGGACUAGGCCGGGCGCUUAUCCUAUCGGUGUGCAUAUGCUACCCAAACAGCUCGAUGAAGAAGUGGCCAGACUCCACUUGGAACAUUUGGGUGUCAGAUUGACAACCCUCACGCCCGACCAAUCAUCAUAUCUAGGUGUGCCAGUUGAAGGACCAUUUAAGCCUGAUCACUAUCGAUACUGAAAGUGUUCUAGAUUUGUUAGUAUAUGUACUUAGUCUGUUGGUUUUUAUCUGGUGUACAAACAUUUUUCAUCAUAUACUUAAUUUUUAAUUUCCUGCCAUAUUGCCAAAGUAUAUUUUUAAUAAAUCUAUGAACAG